AUGGACAUUCGCGACUUGGAAAUUAUGCCCCCUCCAGAUCAGAUAUUCGAGGUCGAUAUCAAGAUCCAACCAGAGGACCCCGUCCCACCAGUGCAGCAUUCACGCUACUAUCUGGAUGACGGUGAUUUCUAUGUUGUGGCCGUCGAGGACAACAUCAUUUUCCGUGUUCACGCACAUUUUCUUCGGAAACAUUCGAACUGGAUUCAGUCACAGGCUCUCUCAGUUGGGAGGGACAAGGGCAAUCCCUUGUCCCUUUGCGAGAGCGUCACUGCAGAGGACUUUGCGAUUAUUCUCUGGGUGUUUUACGACGACUCGCUUGAGCGGCGUGCGUCGGGGAAAGAGUGGUUCGAGAUCCUCCUUAUCGCAGAGAAGAUGCAGAUGCCACAUGUUCAGCUCCUUGCUCUCAGUAAGCUCAAAGAUCUCCCCGUUGCUACCGAUCCGCUAGCAAAGAUUGCCGUCCAGCAGCGCUACUCGAUUCGCACUCAAUGGGCCCAAGACGCUUACCUUGAGCUUUGUAUUCGCCCGAAGCCUCUCACACUUGCUGAGGGCGUGAUCAUCGGGAUGCCUGCUAUGGUCAAAGUAGCUGAUGCUCGGGAGCAGAUGGCUCGGGCUUCACUGGAUGGGAGAUCCCGAAAGCGGCCAGAUGAGAUUGUAGCACGCGUUAUUAGCGAAGACGUUUCACCGGAUUUCGAGCCCCCAGUACCAGUUACACUCGGCCUGUCAGAACUCUUUGAAUGUGUUGUAGAGGGGUCGAAUGUUGUGGUCCAUACAAGAGAUAGAGAAUUUCGAGUCCAUCGACAUUUCUUGGAGAUUCAUUCCCCUCUGUUGCGUCAAAUGCUGUGCCCUGCGGCCCCGGGGGAAUGGGAUGUCGUUGAAGAUAGCAUCUCACUGGAUGUCGACGGCAUACACUUUUCGUGGAUACUGGCCCUCUUUUAUAACGAAAGCCUCUGCAUAGAUCUCUCUCCUGCUCAGUGUGUCGCAAUUCGAGCGAUCGCAGAGAAGUACCAGAUGGACAAGAUUGGCGCGUUCGCGACAAGUCGGACGGGCAACGCGAUAGAUCUUAUUGAUAAGGUCAAGUCUAUCCGACACUUUCAUGUACCGGCCAGUAGUACAUGGGCGAGCGAAGUCUACCAGCAACUUUGCUCCAGACGUGCGCCAAUAUCUAUAGACGAAGGCGAGCGGCUGACCCCGGAGAUAUUGGUGGACAUCAGCGCACGAAGAGAAGAGGCUUUAUGGAAGAAGUGCGAGGAGUACGAAAGCGCAGCAAGGGAUGCCGAGAUAGUAAGGGAAGACCUGGAAACGUCGCUGGAAGAGUAUAAGAGGCUGGCCAACAGCAGGCGUAAACGAUAG